CACAGCAGCGGCGACACAAAAGCCCAUGAAAGCGGCAGCAGCAGCGGUUUUCCAUAAAAUAAAUGUUUGAGUUAUGUAGAAAAACAUUUUGGGCGAGAGGAUUUUCGUUUUCGUUGCGAUUCAGUUAACAUUUGGCAGCAGGAUUCCGCCUCAGACAGACACGACGACCGGACCCGUGUAUCCAUCUCCAUCUCCAUCGAGCUACGAGCUGCGAGCCCGCGAGCCUUCGUCUACCCAAGCGUCAUGUACAGUUAUCAGUAAGCAGCCCCGCCGGAAACGGUUAAGAAACGGUCAAGAAACGGAUACGAAUCGGUGCGCGAGUGACAUGGCCAAUUGGAAAUCGAAUUCAAACUCCAAUUCCAAUUCGAACUCAAACGCAAAGUGAAGCUAGUGAAUAAGAAGCCAAAUCGAACACAGUUCCUGAGCAAAAGUCAAAGCGAAAGUGUUGCGUCCUCUACUACCACAUAAGAACCCACAAGAACCAAGAUUAGAGUCCAGCUAGAAUCUACUUAGAGAUAGCGACAAUAAUGCACACCAGCACGGAUCCCAUGCACACUCUGCACGACAGCGUCUCCCUGUCGCCGCCGUUGCACAAGAGCCAGCGGAGUGGCGCCGGCGGCGGUGGCGGUAGCGGUGGCAGUGCAUCCUCGCGAGCCGCCGCCGUGGAUGCCAUGUCCAUGGGCUGCGAUGACAGCGACUUGGAGCCGUCGGCAAUCGGUGGUAGCGGCGGAGAUGGCUCCGGCAAUGCCGGCGGUCCAUUGGUGAAGCCACCGUACUCCUACAUAGCCCUCAUCACGAUGGCCAUUCUGCAGUCGCCGCACAAGAAGCUGACCCUCAGCGGGAUCUGUGACUUCAUCAUGUCGCGCUUUCCCUACUACAAGGACAAGUUCCCCGCCUGGCAGAACUCCAUCCGGCACAACCUCAGUCUGAACGACUGCUUCAUCAAGGUGCCGCGCGAGCCGGGCAAUCCGGGCAAGGGCAACUUCUGGACCCUGGACCCGCUGGCCGAGGAUAUGUUCGACAACGGCAGCUUCCUGCGACGGCGAAAGCGAUACAAGCGCGCGCCCACAAUGCAGCGAUUCUCCUUUCCGGCGGUGUUCGGCACCCUGUCCCCCUUCUGGAUACGCAAGCCGGUGCCCCUGGUCCCGGUGCACUUCAAUGUGCCAAACUUUAACGGGAGCCGAGACUUUGACGUGAUGCACUCGCCCGCGGACGUCUUCGACACGGCGCUGCGGGCCGACAAGAAGUUCAACUUCUUCGCCAACGCGAACGCCGAGGCAUCCCUCUACCAGAACAGCCAGAGCGGCGACAAGUUCGAUCGCCUCUCCUUCAUGAAUCGCGCACGGGGUGUGGAGGCAGCAGAAGCCGUGGCUGUGGACUCCCUGCCCCACAGCAGUGGCGGAGCUGGGAGUAGAGCCGGCAAGUACAAAAGUCCCUACCCCUUUGAUGUGGCGACUAUGGCCAGUGCAGCGGCUGGAAUUCCGGGUCACGGCCAGUACGGGGAGAGGCUGAGCGCGCCCGGCGGUGGCUACAUGGAUCUCAAUGUGUACAACGAUGAUGCGGAGGCAGAUGCAGAGACCGAGGCGGAGGCAGAGGCGGACGACGACUCGUGCGAGGACAAGAUCGAUGUGGAGAGCGGCAACGAGAACGAUCAGGAGGAUUCGCACAUAUCGGACUCCGUGGACAGUGCGUGCACGAACCGUCUGGACGUGCCGGCGGAUGUGCUGCUCUUCGAGCAUGCCGAGACCUCCAGAAGCCCCAUAGUCCAGGCCCUCACGUCCAGUCCGAGGAGCCGCUGCUACGACGGUGAACCGGCCAGCCUGCGGACCACCAAGCAGAGCCAUGCCAAGGACUUCCGCAUCGAGACGCUCAUCGGGCACCAGCACCGUCGCGCGGCCAGUCACGACGAGGCGAGUGACUAAGUCCUGACGCUCGACUCCCCUUGGGCCCUUAGGACCAUCCACCCCCUUCCGCUUGGCUUGUGUAUAUUUCAUUCCACGGUGAUUUCUGUUUCGAUCUAAGCACGUUUUAACACACCCUAGUCCCCCCUAGUGACCCUAGCACCUAGCCAGGUCCGACAGCCAGUAGUGAUCAGUAUAUCUGUAGGUGUAGAAUGCCAGAGCACAAGAUUUUAAUGCGACCAAAUCAAACGCUAUAGUUGCGAGUCCACUUACAUGUACGUAUAUAUCGGAAUACAUACAUAUGUACGAGUAUAUACAUAUAUAUCUAUGUAUAAAUCUGAUCCAUUGCACAUCUAUAGCAUACUUUUAAAGUGAAUUCUAGAGGUACAUACAUACAUCUCUAUAUAUGUACGUGUGUAGUACUUUAUGUGUGCGUGUAACAAAAAGAAAAAAUUACUAUUAAAUAUUAAUUAGACUCUAAGA